AUAUGUGUUUAAAAUAGUUUUGAAUGAGUUUUACUAUAUAUAAAUUUCUUAUCACUACUCUUAUUGGUGGUGUUAAUCUAUAAAUUGAUAAUACUACUACUAGCGGUUAAUUAGUAGGUAUAAGUACCUUAUGUAAACAGUUCAUUAUAUUAUAACAUAAAUUUUUCUGCAACCGAGUAGAGUUUGAGCACUUAAUGUGGAAAGUGAAUAUAUAUUCUAAUGUUAUUGUAGCAAUGUAAUGAAUUUGAAUAAAAAAUAGUGCUUUAUUCGACCGUGUUAGUACACGGUUAUGAAACUUUGAUCUUGUAAUUUUUUUUAUGUAUGGAACUUGAAUACAAUGGUGUCCAUCGCUGCUGUACAAACUUUAAAAAAAGCUGACCAGCUUAAGGAACAAAUUUGUGCGUCUAAAGACUUAAACAAUUCUGAGACUUUAGCUUGCCAACAACAACUUAGAAUAAUUUACAAACAAUUGUUGAUGCUAGAUUUGGAGUAUGCAUUGGACCAAAAAGUCGAGCAAGACCUUUGGAACCAUGGAUUCAAAAAUAAUAUUAAUAAGCUUCAACUUCUUGCUAAAGAAAAAAAAAGUGCAAAACGAAAUGAAUGGAAUGCUUUAUUUUUAUCUUGUCUAGAAUCAGCAUAUGGCUUCUAUCUCAUGCUGUUGCAUAGUAUUUGUCUUACAUUUGAUUUAGAUUUGCCAUUUCACAAAAAACUAAAUGACUUUUGUGAUAUGGAUAACAAAAUACAAAGCUCAACAUAUUUACGUAAACCACAAAAAAGUUCUUGUAAUUAUAUUUGCCAAUACUGUUUGGUACACUUAGGUGAUAUUGCUCGUUAUCGUAAUCAGAAUAGACAGGCUGAAUCUUUUUACAGAUAUGCAGUUCAACUAAGUCCUAACAGCGGACAGCCAUACAAUCAAUUGGCUUUAUUGGAGGCAUCACGAGGAGAUAGUUUAAGCACAGUUUUCUAUUACAUGAGAAGUAUAAAUGUCAAGCAUCCCUUUUUAGCAGCUAUAAACAACCUUAAUGUUACAUUAAACAAAUAUAUAAACUCUAGUCAAGAUAUGCUGUAUAAAACUAAAAUUUCAAACACAGAAUUUAUUCAAAUAUUCCUUGCGUUUCAUGGAGUGUUGAUGUCUAAAGAUAGCAUGAAACAACAAACUUCUGAUGGUUACAUUAAAAGUCUUGCAUUAUCAUUUACACCACUUAUUGCCACUGAAUCUUUCACGUCAUUCAAGCUACAACAGAUGGUGGCUAUCAAUGUGUUGGCAUUUAACUACAUUAGUAAAGACAAGUCUAAUGUUAAAGUUCAAUGUUUUCCUAUAAUAGAUUUAUUAGCUACUUUUCUCAAUGCUUUUUUACUUCCUUUGUACACCUUAAAAGAAGAUCAAAAAUUUUCAGAGUACUACACUUUACCUGCUGUUAAACUCAUUUUGGAUUGGAUACGAAAUGAUUUAAGUGUUCUAAACUCUCCUGGAUUCCGAAGUCGUCUACAAAUAUGGCCUGGCCUUUGCAAAUUGCUCAAUGGUUUAACAAAAGACUUAAAUCAUGAAAAUUAUACUCAUAUUUCUUUACCAGAAGAUAAAUUACUUCAAGGAUUUACAAUGUUAGAAUCAGUACAUUCAAACCUUAUAUUCAACUCCAAUAAUGACCCAAAAAUAAACACUAAUGCUCUAAGAGCUAAUCGUUUAAUUGAUUUUGGCAUAUGGUUUUCAGCAACUCCAAAUUCAUUAAUUAAAGCAAUUAAACAAGAUAAUGAAAAGUGGAGUUUUGAAAUAAUUCCUAAUAGUUCGUCCAAUUCUCACUCAAUUGAUUUAGCUGCUGAUUUAGAAACCUUGUCAUCAUACCAGCAACGUCUAUUGAUAAAUUCUAGUAUUCUACCAUCAUCACAAAAUGGUGAUAAAAGAAGUGGUAUUCUAAAGUUUCAAUCAAACAUCUCAGAUGCCAAAUCAGUAACAAGUAAUGUAGCCUUUGAAUCAGUUAUUAAAAAAAAUCAAGAGUCAGAAGGAAAACAAGUGAAAUUUCGUACUCCUUCACCAAGCUCCUCAUCUGGCAGUGAAGCUAAGUGGUCUUUAGAAGAUCUUGAUCAAACAUCAUCUGAAUUCGAAAAAGAUCAAAAUUCUAUUAAACCGACACCUAUUGGAUAUCAGUUGCCACACACACCAUUAAAACCAAACAUGAACCCUCUAAUGAAUUCUUUCAGUCAUCUACAUGUGAAUAAUUUACCAACUUCAUCAGAUAAUUCUUAUCGGUUUAAUCAACCUCUACCUAAUUUUUCUGGAUGGCCACAACCUCCUACUAAUUGGAUAGAUAAUAUAAAAACACAAAACAAUCAACAAAAACUUCAAAUGUUUCCUUUUGUUCAAAAUCAAACUUCAGUUGGGCAGUUUUCUAACAAUGUGUGGUCAAAUAUUAAUCCUUCUCAGAUCAAUCAUAACCUACCAUUGCAAAAUAAUUUAAAUCAAUUUAAUUUAAGAGAUGAUCAACAAAGAAAUUUUUAUAGUAAUGUUAACAAUAGUCCAUAUUAUUCAUUAUUUAAUCAACCUAAUGUUAUGAUGACUAGAAAUAUAGAUACUAAUCAAGAUACUAAUAAUAUAUCGUUUUCCACAUUUCAUCAACAGUCUUUAUGGUCAGGACCUGGGCCAUCACCACUAGAACGUCUUUUAGAACAACAGCGUGGUCGUGAUUCUUCAGAAGGUGGGGUUUAAGAAAUAUCUUGAAGAAUGAAAUAUAAUCAAAUAUUUGACAAUAAAAAAUUAAGUAUUAAACAAUAAAAAAAAUCUUGAUAUUUUUACUAAUAAAAAAAAGUUAAACUAUAAUUAAUGUUCAAGAUGUAGUUUAUAAAAUGUCAACUGCUGUUAUUGUACUUAAGAAAUUAAAUUUUAAAUUUAAUUAUUUUGAAUAAUUUUAUACUUCUAUGGUUAUGACAAAGAUAACUAAAAUCAAAACUUUUUAUAAAAUUUACAACAAUUUAAUUAAAAGAUAUUUAAUAGCUUAAAAUUGUUGCUCUGAUGUUUAUUAUUCUUUUAUAACUGGUAUUUACCAGACUAAUUUCAUACUUAAUAUUCUUAAUAUCUUAUUGUAUUUUAUAAUGUUUAAAAUUAACUUUUACUAUCUUCUCUAUUCAUUAAAAGAUUAAUUUAAUUGAAAAAAAUAUAUAUUUAUUAAAAAUAUCUCUUUUACAGCCUGUUCAUUAAGUUUUGUUUUUUAUUAACUGAUGCAUGCAUCUUGUAUUGAGAAUAUAUUUGAUGUAAUUGAUAAAUAAUUAGUGUUCAGUCAAUGUUUAGUGAAGCAAGAUUAAUUUUUUUAUGAAAUACCUGGAUGUUCUAUGAUUUAUGAUUAUUUAAGAGUUAUUUUAAAAUCCUAUUUUUUCUUUUGUUAAUGGUUAUUGAAAAAUAACAAAAAAUAGUUAUUAAAUAUAAAUAUUGUAACCAUUUUGAUUUUUGAUAGGUUUUUUUUAUUAUAAUUAAUAACUCAAGUAACUAUUUUUAAUCUAUUUUAUUUGUGAUAAUAACUGAAAUACAUUACAAUUUUUUAAACAAAACACAUUAACCAUAGUAAAAAUGAAUACUUUGAAAUUAAGUUUUUUUUUCAUUAUUAGUUUUUGUUAAUAUUUUAGAAAGAUAUCUGUAGAACGGUUUUUAUUGUUAUAAAAGUCAACUAAAAAAGUUCCUGUUAAAACCAACUUCUAUGUACUAUUGUUCAAGUUUUUUAUUUUUAUUAUUAACUGAUUCAUUAAAUAAUUCUAUCAUUUUAAUGUACUGUAUUUAUUAGUGACAUUUUUUCUCAUAUUUAGCUACCUUGCUCUUAUAUUUUGUUAACUAGUCAUCACAGUCAAACAAAAUUAAGGCUUUGAAUCCAGUGAAUCUGUAUGAUUUCACUAAAAAAAUAUUGAAUCUAUUAAUAAUUGUAUAGUUAAUUUUGUUAUAUAAUUCAAUAUAUUGUUGUAAUUCUUUAUAUAAUUUA